AUGCGAGAGUUUGAAGAUAUCCAGCUGACUAACAGGAAGCUAACACACCCUACUGCUGCUGCUGCUGCCGGUUCCUGGGAUGCUGAAACAUUGUUGCUGGAAAUGGCUGUCAGUGUCUUGGUCCUUCUCCUUCUGUUAGUGGUGGUGGUGGCGGCGGCGGAGGCUGCGGCGAUCAACGUGAUGAAUGCAUCGCCGUCACCUCUUGGCUGGGAGGAGGACGUAGUGGUCGGGGCGAAACAUGUGCUGGAACAUUACCUGGCGGGGUGUCACGUGAUCAUUGCAGCUUCACCCUUCUCACCUGCUCUUGCUUCGCUCCUCAACGAAGUGUCGGCGGUGAGUGUGUCUGUUACACUGGUGGAUAUCACUCUGUGCAUGGAUCUGGCACCGCGCCACGUGUGGAAGAAAGAGACGAGCGUUGAUUACUGGCAGCGGGUGUGGGGCAGUGGGAUUGAAGCCACGUGCGGGGCGCUCGUCUUAGACCACACGGCCUCGGACACUGCAUCAGCCACAUCACUCCUGACGUGCUCGGACCUUUGGCAGCAACCACAGACGCGAGUACUGAUCAUGGGCAGGAGGGAAGAUGUCAAAGUACUGCUGGGCUACGAGGGGCUGCGCAACACCCGCCAUGCCCUCUACCUCACGCCUCACCAUCCCGCACGACAUCACCAGUCUGGGGCAGCCAAGCGUGGUGUUAUAGACAUGUACAGUAGAUGCCUUUACUGUGGCGCUGGUGGAGCUAAGCCACAGCUGAUACAACGCUGGAAUUUGUCAGAUCUGCCUCAGGAAUUAACGCUAUUUCCAGAGCAGCACGAAGCCUUCACGGGAAGCAAGCUGAGGGUGGUAGCCAAGAACUACUUCCCUUACUUCAGUUACGACCCGCUGAGUGACACGCCAGGCACUCUGGUGACGCCCAAAGACUCUCUGUGUGCCCGCAUGAUUGCAGCCCUCGCCGCUGCUUAUAACUUCACUUACGAGGUGAGGGAGCCAGAGGACGGCCAGUGGGGUCUUCUCACCAGUAGCGGUAACUGGACGGGUUUGGUGGGCACGCUGCAGCACGAGAACGCUGACUUCUCCGUUGACAUCACCGUGACGCGCGACAGGUCCAAGGUGGUGGACUUCACGGCGCUCUACAUUGAGGAACCUGUUGUCAUUCUCUCCCCGAAACCAAGACCUCUCCCCGAGUAUUUGUCGCUUGUCAGGCCGCUGGAAGCCAACGUCUGGGCUGGCGUGGUGCUGAGCGUCAUCGCGUGGGGCACGACGCUGUGGUUCAUGCAGAAAUGCUGGCAUUGGAUUUCUGGUGGACGCAGGCUGGGUUUCUCCUCGUCCAUAUUCUACGGGUGGGCGGUGCUGCUGGAGGACCAUCCCUACCACCCGCCUGUCAACACCUCCAGCCAGGUUCUGGUGGGCGUGUGGCUCAUCGUGGGAUUCAUCGUGACCACAGGCUACAGGUCCUCGCUCAUCUCUCAUCUGGUGGUGCAGGGGAAGUCAGCGGUCAUCAAUAGCAUGGAGGAGCUGGUGGACAUGAGGGAGACUGACGGAUGGCGGUGGGGGACGCGGAGGAUGACUGGGGUGCUCAAGACAUUCCUUAGUUCCAGUUCAGACCCAGCCAUGAUCCAGGUCUAUAAACACAUGGAGACUGCAGAUAUUGGUGAAGGGAUGAAACGAGUCGUUGACGGAGGGUUCUCCUACAUCUACAACUACUACUACAGCAAGUCCCUGGUGGCCACUCGCUACACUGACGCUACUGGCUAUACGCCCGUCCACAUCAGCACGUCUCAGUACUCACUCUUCUCAGGGAACGGCUGGGCGUUUAGACGCGGCGCUCCCUUCCACUCUCGCUUCAACAAGGCAAUUCUGAAGUUCUUGGAUGCUGGUCUGGUCACCUUCUGGAUGGACGACGUCAUCAACAACUACGUGAGGAGGGAGAGGCGGAGGAGAGCAGAGGAAACGGGAGGACAAGUCACUAUCAUUGCGGUGGGUGACGAGGAAAUAGUGUUGGGAUUACGUCACAUGCAGGGCACCUUCUACACACUACUGUUGGGCCACUCCCUCGCCUCCAUCGCCUUCGUUACUGAGUACCUCUAUCAAAUACACUGACCGUCAGGCUUAUUGAAGAAGAUGGAGAGGAAGAUUAUGAUGAUGGUGAUGGUGAUGGUGACGGUGAUGGUGAUACGUUGAUCAUCAAAGAAGCAAAAAACAUAAUAACAAUAA